CGCUGUAGCGGGGGCGCUCACGGCCUGCGGGCGGGCGCGGAGUCGCAGUGCCUGGGUGGAAGUUGUCCGGAGCAGGCUGCACAGGCUCGGGGCAGGGACGGCUCGGGAAAGCGAUGAUCCCGGAUUGAGCCGAGCGCAAGGACAAAAAUAUGACGGUGACAAAGGAUUUUAGCAGAGUAGAAAAUGGCUAUAAAAUGGAAGCAGAGGUUUGCAUUACAUUCAGUGAUUUUGAAAAAAUGCAGAAUGUCUGCAAUCUGCUUAUUGAGAAGUUAGGUGGUUCCAUUAACAUCAGUCCCCCUCACUUCUACCAUGCGCCAGAAGCUGUACAUACACUCCGGUGUGAAGUGUGUCUUGCUGCUGUUGAAAACACACGUCAAAAAGCUCAAGAGGUCUGUCAACUGUUUGGCCAGGCAUUGGGAAAGCCUUUGUUAAUAAGAGAAGAGGAAACAAAAGAAUGGGAAGGACAAACAGACUGUCACCUAUCAGACUCUUCAGACUCAUUGACUAUGCAGCAGAGAAUCGAGAGAGCCACUAUUUAUGCAUCUUCAAGAGUAUUUGCUAUUUUUGAGAUAAAAGGAAAAGAAAAAAGAAAGAACAAGUUGAUUUAAAAAUGUACUUCUUACCUGCCAUUGAUAAAUCUUUAAAUACUUUAAAA